AUGUCCUACUACUUCACCAUCCUCUCCCCCACCGACGUCCCGCUCUUCAACCUCGCCUUCGGCACCUCCAAGAGUGGCGGCGACGGGAUCGCGCGCUUCCGAUUCCCAGAUACAGCGCAGUACAUGAACCAGUUCAUCAUCCACUCUAGUCUGGAUAUACUGGAGGAGGCGCAGUGGAUGAACGCGAACAUGUACCUAAAACACAUCGACACCUACCCCCCCUCCAGCGCCUACAUAACCGCCUUCCUAACCCCCUCCGGCGCCCGCUUCCUCCUCCUACACCAACCGCCCCAACUCCCCUCCACCUCCGGCCCCGGCGGCUCCAGCACCAACAACACCUCCUCCUCCCUCCUCGGCUCCUCGUUCUCCUCCUCCGGCAUCGGCAGCGGAACCUCCUCGCGGGCCUCGGCCUCCAGCAUCGCUGCGAACCCGACGUCCCCGCAGACCGAGGAGGCCGUGCGCCAGUUCAUGAACGAGGUGUAUGAGAAUUAUGUGAAGACGGUUAUGAGUCCGUUUUAUCGGCAGGGAGGGGAGAUUAAGUCGCCUGUUUUCAGGGGGAGGGUUGUGGGGGCUGGGAGGAAGUGGCUUUAGUCUCCCUACCUACCUCUCCUUGUCUUUUUUUUUAGGGAAAGAAAAUUAGGGUUCUGUGAAGGGGGAUAGUUAUUUGGUGGGUUGGUUGAGUGAGAUAGGAUGGGAUCAGAUAUGAUGGAGUGUAGAUUGAUGGGUUGGACAUUGCCAGGUGGAAAGAGGCUGUAUAUGCAUACAUAUUGUUUGCUUGUCUUUGAGCGUAUGGCGUUGGGUUGGUACAUUACUUCAGAAUACUUUACAAUUUACUUGUUCGACUAGAUAAAGUA